AUGUGCGCCGCAAACAUAACGCUAUGCAUAUUUUUCGGAAUGAAGAACACGCCUUUGAGUCCACUAGUAGGAGUAUCACAUGCACAGCUCAACAUUCUGCACCGGAUUGUGGGAUAUACCGCCGUCUUCCUGCUUGCUCUGCACGCUAUCUUUUACGCGAUACACUUCCAUCGCUAUGGCAAGUUGGCCAGCUUGCUGAAACCCGAAGACCUGGCUGGUAUCGGUGCCGCUAUCGGAAUGAUCAUUCUGUUCCUAGGAAUACUGAGACACAGAAACUACGAGCUCUUCUACAUCAGUCACAUCGCUGGCUUCGUGGCAGCCGUCAUUUUGACGGGGUUGCAUCGCCCAAACUGGGCAAAGAGGAUACCAGCUUUGAUGAGCUUUGCGUUCGGACUUUGGCUGCUAGAUCGCACGAUCCGAGCUUCUAGGAUGCUUUACAACCUCAUCAACAACUCCGGCGCCUUCUAUCUACUCCCGGAUGGAGGAACGCGCCUGCUUCUCAAAAGGCCAAGUGCCCAGGCUGCCUCACCGGGGACUCACGUCUUCCUCUGGAUUCCGCGGGUCCAUAUCUAUGAGAAUCAUCCAUUCACAAUCGUUAACAAUGGCCCCGCUGGCUUGGAGCUUGUGAUGAAAUCCCACCAGGGAUUUACCAAAGCUGUCAACAACUUUGCUACAUGUCGUACUCGUUCUACAGCCUGGGCAUCGGUUGAUGGGCCGUAUGGUGUGUGUCCUGAUAUGGACAACUACGACAAGCUGAUCUUUAUCGCUGGUGGAAGUGGAGCGGCUUUCACGUUUGGUCUCAUAAAUCGGAUUCUAGGACAGUCUGAGAGACCUAAGCUCCAAUCCGUUGAGUUCGUGUGGACUGUCAGACGUACAGAGCAUCUCAAGUGGUUCUCCGAACAUCUCAGCAAGCUCAUGAAGAUGGGACCAGCCGUCAAAGUAUCGCUGUUUGUCACAAAUGAAGAGCCAAUAUCAAGCCCAAUAGCGACGCAAACCGACACUCCGUAUGACGUUGAAAGUCAGCUCUUGUCUGAGAGAGGUACACCAAGCUACGGAGCUGUAUCGAGCGUAGACGACACAAGUAGUCUGCUUGCCCGAGCAAACGGCCAUGAAGUCGAGCAGGCUUAUAACCUCCAUUUCAGGAGAAUGGACAUAGAAUCGGUGGUCAGUGAUGCCAUACAGUCCGUUGAGAGUCGUCAAAGAGUUCUGAUGGCCACUUGCGGCCCAGAAUCAUUGAUGGAAGCUGUGAGGGAUUCGGCGGAAAGUUGGCGGAAGAAGCGAGACCUUCGAAUAGACGUACACUCCGAGGACUUUUAG